UUAAUUCAGACAGCUCUUCCACUAGUCAAACCAUUUGAAGUGUGUGUAAAGUUUGGACUAAUGAAUCUUUCGACAGAAAAUUUCACAAUAAUAACGAAAGCAGUUUAAUAUUGAAGUGUUCAUUAAAUGAAAAAAUAUUCUGUUUUAAAUUUUGUGCUAUUUUCGCCUUUCUGCAAAUCAGCGGCGUGCUAAAUCGUAUUGCUCAAUGUGACGUUAAGCGCUUCAUGAAAUUUGCCAAAUGACAAUGUUGCGGACAGCAACAGUGCUUAUAUAUUUUCUAUGUCUGUUUGGUGUCUUCUGUCAGGUAUGUAAAGAUUGUAAAUGUUGCAAAGGAGACAACGCUUGCAAUGGAGAAAAUAUUUGUAAGAAUGGAUGCAUUGAAGGCUACUGGGGUGAUCAAUGCUUACAAUCGUGUCCGGAGAAUUGUAAAACCUGUGUAAGCGACACUAAUUGUACAGAAUGUAUGUCUGGAUAUCAUUCUGAACAGUGCAACUAUGAAUGCGGGAAAGGGUGUGUCAACAAUACUUGCUUACAAUCUGGACACUGCACUUGUAAGUCUACAAGUUUUAAGGACGGUUUUUGUUUAUUAUGCGCGAGUAACGAUAAGUUUGGCGAUGAAUGUAACUACACUUGUCCGAAUAACUGCGCUGUCUGUCAAUCAGAAACAAACUGUAAAUGGUGCAUAAAUAGUGCAUUUUACGGCCCAUACUGUCAAUUUAAGUGUUCCGCAGGAUGUAACAAUGGAACAUGCUAUAAGGGUGGUAGUUGUAUUAAAGGAUGCAAAGCAAACUUUACCGGAAAGAAUUGUGAUUCAUGUGUAUCUGGAAAACACGGACCAAACUGUGAUACAGACUGCCCAGAGAAUUGUCAAAUUUGUUUUUCAGACACAUAUUGCACCGAAUGUAAGCUUGGCUAUUAUGGAAAUAGAUGUACAAAUGUUUGUCCACCUUAUUGUAAUGAGAAAACAUGUGACAUACAUGAUAUAUGUCCAUAUAGCUGUAAUGGAGAAUUUAAUAUUACGUUAAAUUGUGACAAGUGUCCGUCAGGGAAAUGGGGGGAUUAUUGUCAGUUCAAAUGUCCAGAUAAAUGCUCAAACUGCACUUCAGAUGAUACAUGCACCAAAUGCAUGAAUGGACAUUAUGGUCCCAAAUGUUCAAAAGAAUGCCCAAAAUUUUGUUUAGAUUCGGUUUGCAAAUAUCAAGGAGAAUGCUAUGCCUGCAAAGAAAACCAUUAUGACCUUUAUUGCGAGUCAAAAUGUUCUAGUAUGUGUCUAAAUGGAACCUGUUCAAUGUUAAAUGGCCACUGCUUUGAAUGCCCGUGGGGAUUUUACGGACCUUUCUGCAAUAGCACGAAAUGUGAAGACGGUUUCUUUGGAAUAGGUUGUAAAAUGAAAUGUCAAGACAGAGAUGGUAGUUGUAUCGCUUGUCUCACUACACAAUCAGGCUUGUACGGAGGGUGCACUAAAUGCACCACUGGCAAGUAUCCAUAUAUUUCCUCCGGAUUGAAUCCCGCAAUAUGCGCAUAUUGUCUACAAUGCAAAAACAGCUUGUGUGAUCCCUCUAAUGGUUAUUGCAUAGAAGGAUGCGAUACAGAUACUAAAUACGGAAACAACUGCUUACAGAACUGUAGUAAACAUUGCAAAAAUCAAAGAUGCGAAAGGACAACGGGAAAAUGCUUAUAUGGCUGUAUUGACGGCUACGACGGAUCGCAAUGUACUGAAGGACCAGGCUCAGGAGACGACAAUUUGACAGUGAUUGUUGGGGCAAUUGUUGGUGCUGGUGUGGCUGUAAUCAUUGUAGUGGUGUUCUUAGCAAUCUUCAUCGGUACACGGAGACGAAGAAAAGGUACAGGUGCAAAUGAAAGCAGCAAUGCCGGUGGAAGCAUACACGAAGACGUUUCACCAAAUGCAUUACAAGUUGAAGGUACACAUGCAGAUGCUAUUUACGCACAGCCUAACAAACCAAGACGGACGAUUGUUGAGGAGAAAAAUGCAGUCUAUGACGCUACACAUGACAAUGUUGAUAGAAAAACGUUCAACAAAAAUAUUGAAUCAGAUACUGUUAAAGCAGGCAUUGAAAUAUCGAGAGAUAAAGAUAAACAGAACCAAAAGAAUGUAGAGGACGCAAAUACACUUUACGAUACUACAUUUGACAAAAAUAAGAAAAUGCUCAAAUCAAACAAUGAUUAUGAUGUACUUAGCGCGGACAGCAAACGGUUUCCAGAAACAGAAAAUGACAAACCGAACCGGAUGACUUUAGAUGAAACAAAUGCAGUAUACGACACAACGAAUGAUAAUAAUAAGAAAAUGUUCGAUUUGAACAAAGACUAUGAUGUGCUUAGCGCAGGAAAAGAAAACGACCUUGGUGGAGACAGCGAUAGCUAAAAACGGACGAUUGUAGAAGAGACGAAUGCAGUCUAUGAUACUAUAUCUGACAUCAAAAAUCAUAAAAUGUUCAAUGUCAACAGUGUUAAUGAUGAAAUUAGUACAGACAGAAAGGGAUUUUCUUUUUAAGAAGCAAAUUUUAAAUUGUACAUAGUUCACAACUGGACAUUUUUAGAUAGCAGUUUGCAUUUUAAAAAUGUUUUACACGUGUUGUAAAUAUACGUUAGAGAGAGAGAGAGAGAGAGAGAGAGAGAGAGAGAAAGAGAGAGAUAUUAUACAAACAAAUCACAAGAUACCAGAUCAAUUACACAAUGCCAUUUAGUUCAAUGCUGCUUCGAAUGCCAGCCCGUACUGUAAUGCACAUUUGAACUGGUUUCAAAUUGGAACAAAUGUAUGGACGUCAAAUAGCAAAAAGUUUUAAAUGAAAAACAAUUAUUUUUAGAAAAGUUAAGACAGAACAAUUUUUCUUUUCACAUUUCCCACCAAAUCUGAUACUAUAUAUUUUGCCAUCUUAAAGCAAAUGCUUUUUUAAAUACUGAUACUACCAACUGACAUGUAUUUAUCUACUAGCUAAAGAUAUUUAAGCAAAACAUAUGCUCUUUAACAAUCACUUUAAAGAAGAUAGUCCGUUCCGCUCAGACCAUAUUUACUAUUUAAUUUGUGUAUACAAUAGCAUAUAAUAUGAAACAUUAUAUGGUCAUUGUCAAACGGACAAAGAUUAGGCAUCAAUGAAAUAUAUUAACAAAAUGUUAUUUUGUGUUCAAUAAACAGUAUCAAACAUUAGCGUUAUUCAGUGUCACACAUUAGUGCAAUUUGGAGUCACACAUGAGUGAGAUUUGCCUGCUCAGGCAAAACAUGUUUAAAGUUAUUAAUACAUGAAAUCCUCGGAAUAACUCAUUAUUCGGGAGGCGUAUAACUGAUUUUGAGUGUUAACACGAUUUUCUUAUAUUUUGUUUGGAUUCUAAUAUGCCCUUUAUCUAAAACAGAAGAUAACAUGAAGUAGCGUUUUUUCUUGAUCAUAAAAAUCACAUUGACGUAAUCACCCGUUAACAUGACGUUGUGUUAGCAUAAGCGUGUUUAACAAGCACAUUACAAUACAUUUUCCAUAAAUAUAAUAUAUUAUAGUAAAUAACAUUUGUGACAGGUAUCGAUCAGUCUGGCUACUGACUAAUAAAUUUCCUUUUAUUGCUUUAAUAUUUUUUCUAAAUUUCUAUUUUGUCUUCAUUUACUCUCUCAACAAAUUCAUUCUUAGCUCUGACUAUCUUUUAUGCUUUGAGAAGAGAUUUGGGAAUAGUUAUAGUGUUAUAUAUUUAUAUGUUCUCAGCAGUUAUCUCAUUCGAAGAAAACAUAGGGCCUGAAAACAGUCUAUAUCUUCUGUUAUUGUGUCUCACAAAUAAGCAGUCUCAUGUUUGAUCCAGUCAUUUUUACUAAUAGGGACCAAGGAAGGUAUAGAAUAAAACUGUGGGGGUUAAGUACAUCUCAAGGAUAGAUAUAUGCAUUAUUAUAAAAAUGAAUUUAUAGAAGACAUAAUCCCCACAUACCUCCAGAUCAAUCAUAUAUAUCAUACGUACAUAAAAUUUAUGAAGAGGCGUUCAUCCAGUUGGGUUUCACACUCCUGUCAUGCACUGGAUUUAUCUCCCGUUUCUAGGGUUUAUCAAAGUUUUUCAAAUUUUCAGCUUGUAUAAAUAUGCAUCUGUUCUUUUUUGUUUCUUUUUAGCAAUUUACCAUGUCCUAUUAUUGUGUGUUGAUAAAACGUUAAUAUAUAAAUUGUAAAACGUGUGUAAAUAGUGUAAAUAGUGUAGCAUAUGAAUUUUAAUUCAUCAGAUUUGAGGUUAGGUGCACAAUAAACUCGUUUAAGCUCCCCAGUGUUGGUUUUGCCAGUGAACGGUCCAAGGCCGGGCCCCAGUGUGUUCCUUUAUUUGUUUACUUUGUGUGUGUGUUGGUCCUGUGCGCGUCCGUGUGUUUGUUUUACGUUUAGGGAGACUUUCUAGAAAAUGGCCUUCCAUGUUGGAUAUUUUUCCUUGUUUUUGUAAAUACAUACAUGUUUUGUUUUUCUUUUUAGCAAUUUACCAUGACAUUGUCGUAUUUUUGUGUUUGAUAAAACUUUAAUACAUGAAAUUUUUAACGUGUGUAAAAAGUGUAGCAAAUAAAUGUUAAUUCAUCAA